GAAGCGGAGCUCCUGCAGACUGAGACAGGUGGGCUGUGGCGCCGCCCCCGGCAGCGCGGCCCCCGGCAGCGCGGCCCCCGCCGCUUGUCAGAGCGGGUUCCGGACACCUCUCCUUCCAGGCCCGCGUCGGGCGGUUGUACUGUGGAAAUGCAGGUGUAAAUUAUCUUACCACUUUAGAAGAUGGGAUCAAACAGCAGCAGGAUUAGUGAUCUUCCUAAAAAUGAGUACUUAAAAAAGUUAUCAGGCACAGAAUCUGUCUCUGAGAAUGACCCAUUCUGGAAUCAGCUUCUCUCCUUUUCUUUCCCUGCACCAACUAGCAGUUCUGAGUUGAAGCUCUUGGAGGAGGCAACCAUUUCAGUCUGCAAGGCUUUAGUUGAAAACAAUCCUCGAACAGGAAAUCUUGGUGCACUAAUUAAGGUCUUCCUUUCUAGAACCAAAGAACUCAAACUUUCAGCAGAAUGUCAGAAUCACAUCUUCAUUUGGCAGACACAUAACGCUUUGUUUAUUAUUUGUUGUUUGCUGAAAGUGUUCAUCUGUGAAAUGUCAGAUGAGGAGUUACAACUUCAUUUUACUUAUGAAGAAAAGUCUCCUGGUAGUUUUGGUUCUGACUCAGAAGAUCUUUUGGAAGAAUUGCUCUGCUGUUUGAUGCAGUUAAUCACUGAUAUUCCACUCUUAGAUAUUACAUAUGAAAUAUCAGUGGAAGCUAUAUCAACAAUGGUUGUUUUCCUUUCCUGCCAACUCUUCCACAAAGAAAUUUUGCGACAGAGCAUUAGUCACAAGUAUUUGAUGCGAGGUCCAUGUCUUCCAUACACCAGCAAACUUGUGAAAACUUUAUUAUAUAACUUCAUAAGACAAGAAAAGCCUCCUCCUCCAGGAGCCCAUAUUUACCCCCAGCAGUCAGAUGGAGGAGGACUGCUUUAUGGACUGGCAUCAGGAGUAGCAACUGGACUCUGGACUGUGUUCACACUAGGAGGUGUGGGCAGCAAAGCGGCUGCCUCUCCAGAGCUUUCUUCCCCUCUGGCCAACCAGAGUCUCCUGCUUCUGCUGGUGCUGGCUAACCUGACAGAUGCUCCAGAUGCACCCAAUCCCUACAGACAGGCCAUUAUGUCCUUUAAGAACACACAAGAUAGCAGCCCUUUCCCCUCAACAAUUCCACAUGCCUUCCAGAUUAACUUUAACAGUUUGUACACAGCCCUAUGUGAACAGCAAACAUCUGAUCAAGCAACGCUCCUCUUGUACACACUGCUCCAUCAGAAUAGUAAUGUCAGAACAUACAUGCUGGCUCGAACAGAUAUGGAAAAUCUUGUUUUACCAAUUCUUGAGAUUCUGUAUCAUGUUGAAGAAAGAAAUUCACACCAUGUAUAUAUGGCCCUUAUAAUAUUAUUGAUCCUUACAGAAGAUGAUGGCUUCAAUAGGUCCAUUCACGAAGUGAUAUUAAAAAAUAUUACUUGGUAUUCAGAACGGGUUUUAACUGAAAUUUCACUGGGGAGUCUCCUGAUUCUGGUUGUAAUAAGAACCAUUCAGUACAAUAUGACAAGGACAAGAGACAAGUACCUUCACACAAAUUGUUUGGCAGCGCUAGCAAAUAUGUCAGCACAGUUUCGCUCCCUCCAUCAGUAUGCUGCACAGAGGAUCAUCAGUUAUACCUGCCGCCACUUGCGGAGAUAUGUUUAUGUGUUGGACAAACUGUAUUUCCCCCACUCUCACUGUUCUACGCUUCAGCAUUGCUUCUCGGCCCUCAGUGAAAAUGGAGAGGAACUCUUGUCUUUAACUUGCUCUCACAUUCUCAGAUCCUAUGCUUCCAGUUUGUUUUCUUUGCUGUCUAAAAAACAUAACAAAGUUCUGGAACAAGCCACACAGUCCUUGAGAGGUUCACUGAGUUCUGAUGAUGUUCCUCUGCCAGAUUAUGCACAGGACCUCAAUGUCAUUGAAGAAGUGAUUCGAAUGAUGUUGGAGAUCAUCAAUUCCUGCCUGACAAAUUCUCUCCACCACAACCCAAACUUGGUGUAUGCACUGCUUUACAAACGCGAUCUCUUUGAACAGUUUCGAACUCAUCCUUCAUUUCAGGAUAUAAUGCAAAAUAUUGAUCUGGUAAUCACCUUCUUUAGCUCAAGGUUGCUACAAGCUGGAGCUGAGCUUUCUGUGGAGAGGGUCUUAGAGAUCAUUAAGCAAGGAGUUGUUGCACUGCCCAAAGACAGACUAAAGAAAUUUCCAGAAUUGAAAUUCAAAUACGUGGAAGAGGAGCAGCCCGAGGAGUUUUUCAUCCCCUACGUGUGGUCUCUGGUCUACAACUCAGCAGUGGGCCUGUACUGGAACCCACAGGACGUCCAGCUGUUCACAAUGGAUUCUGACUGAGGCAGGACGCACCUCCCACCACCCCAGCCAAACAGCCCUGCUAGUUAUUUUAUUUCUGGGGAACAGAGGCAGACAGAAUGCCCAGUGUGUCUUCUAUCAGAGAGGAUCACGAACGUGUUUCCCUCGCACACUUAGAUUUGGAGAAUUGAUGCCAGUUGGCAAUAGAUCACUCAGCUUAGAUUGUAGUGCAAGGGGUUGGGGGCACACAACAAUAAUAAACAUGAAAACCUGCUAGUCAA